AUGGAGGCCGAGAAGAGCUAUGACCCCGGAGACAGGACCCUCAAGUUUGUCAACAGACAGGAUGAUAUUAGUAAAUUGAUUUAUGCCUCUCUUAUGAUUUAAAGUAAAACAGGUUACGAGGCAAUGGUUUAAAACAUUUAUUAACUAUAUAGUAAACUGUUGUGGCCAGACAUUAAUAUUUUUACAUGAAACUCCUGAUAUUAAACAGUAUUGAAAGUACCUCAUGUAAAAGCAUUAGGAACAUAUCGACUUGUCAUGUUAUUUUCAAAUAUAAUAAUAAUACAAGCGCCAUUUACAUUUUACAUUUACGUCAUUUAGCAGACGCUCUUAUCCAGAGUGACUUACAGUUAGUGCAUGCAUUAUUCUUUUUUUUUCAUACUGGCCCCCCAUGGGAAUCGAACCCACAACCCUGGCGUUGCAAACGCCAUGCUCUACCAACUGAGCUACCUCCCUGCCGGCCAUUCCCUCCCCUACCCUGGACGACGCUGGGCCAAUUGUGCGCCGCCCCAUGGGUCUCCCGGUUGCGGCCUGCUACAGCAGAGCCUGGAUACGAACCAGGAUCUCUAGUGGCACAGCUAGCACUGCGAUGCAGUGCCUUAGACCAUGCUCUACCAAUUGAGCUACAGAGGACCACCCAUGACAUGACAUUAAAUGACAUUUUCUAUCAAAAAUUGAAUCUUUCGAAUCAUGUACUGUAUAUGGUUGGUCUCUGUGUUGUAAAUAAUUUGGCUACAUUCAGUGAAUCUGGAUGCCAUUUAUGUAGGGUUAUUCUGUUUUGUCCCCAUGGCAUUUGUACAUUGACCAUACACCACUUGUCCCAAGGAUACUUAUUUAUCACUGUUUUAGUUGUUGUUGUGUCUUAGCUCUGGAUGAUGACCUUGACAUCUUGAAGGCAGAGAUGUCCUGUGGUCAUGCAGUCACCCCAGAGUCACUGACCAGAUGGUGUAAAAGCCUACUUGGCCAGGUAAUUUUCAUUCAGUUUUCAGGAUACCUUUUUGUUGUAGGCAAUUUCAUUUAAUUGUUGAAUUGAAUUAAUUUCCUUGCAAUUUAUGCCUACUAUAAAUGAUUCAGUUAAUAAUUUGUAGUACUUUGCAUUUCUCACCACUGAAAUCUUCACAAGCAUUAUUGUGUAUUUCCAGAGGCAGUAAAAGUUCAUUUGUCCUGCACUCAGGGGCAAUCAGAAGUGUGGUGUGGUGUGGUCUUAUCAGGAAGUUCGUAGGGUGGCUGCUCUGACUGCCGAGGAAAUACAGUAUUUUGAGGAGACCAUUGCAACCUUGGCUUCCCCCAAAUACUGUGAAACUAAAUCUGUGAGUACUCUUUAA